UCCAUCACAAUCGGCCGCGGUCCAUCUCGCGCACAUGUUGCAUGAUGCAACCCUCCGCGCUCCUGCGCAGUACACAUGCCGCGCCACAAACUGGAUCACUCGCAGCUCUGCUAUAAAUAUUGUACUCAUUACUCCACCUUAUCAGUCAUCCACCGAGCAGCACUUCGGUAGCUUCACUAGUACUUCCUCAUCACCACACACAAACAACAUUAUGAAAUUGUUCAUCUUACUCGCCGCGGUGGCUGUGUGUAAUGCCGCUAAACUAGACAAGACUUACCUCCCGCCGCACGCGCAGAGCUCAGGAGGCCCGGGGGGCAUCCUGCAGGCGCCUGGACCGGACGCCAGGCAAGGACUGAACCCCUUCGGAACCAACCCCUUUGGCCCAGCCGGCAACGGCGCUCCCGCCUACAGUCAAAGCGCUUACGAAGUCGCCAACCGCGCCGAGCGCCCCCGAGCUGCUCUAGAGAGGAACGCUGCUAUCCUCCGCCAGGACAACUCCAACGACGGCGAGCGGUACUCAUACGCUUAUGAGACCGAGAAUGGCAUCUACGCUGAAGAAAAUGGAGUGGCAACCAACGGAGUCGAGGCUCAGGGCGGGUUCGCGUACACCGGAGAUGAUGGACAACUCUACUCUAUCAAAUACACCGCCGACCAGAACGGUUUCGUGCCGCAGGGCGACCACCUCCCAACACCUCCCCCUGUCCCUGAAGAGAUCCUCAGAGCGCUGGAGCAAAACGCGCGUGACGAGGCCGCCGGCAUCUACGACGAUGGCUCAUACUCCGCCGCCAAGUACGGAGACGUGGACGCGAGGGCCAAUGGCUACGCUUACCCUGCCGGCAGCGGCUUCUCUGCAGCCGCCGCCCAGACCCAAGCCUCCUUCGGCGUACAGAAGGCGUACCUCCCGCCCCUCGCCAGCCAGAGGGCAGCCGGCAGACAGAGCUACAACCCUAGGACCGGCUACCGCUAUUAAGUUAUUAAUAAGUUAUGUUGUUGAUUUUGGAAUAAAGUAUUUAUCGCGAAUUA